AUGCAUGAUUCGGGGAGAGAGUGGCUGGUGAAAACGAAAAUCGGUAAGCUCUGAUACGUUUAACCCCUGUUUUACGCCGAAGUCGGACCUGCCAAACACAGUUCCACAUCUAACAUAGUUCUGCACUCAGUUGAUCCCCUGCCUUACCUCCUAAGCCUUAUUGAUUAGUUUUUAUAUCCUCCGCACUAAUUUGUCCCGAAUUUUAUGUUUCUAGUCCCGAGUAGAAAAAAGCACUGCUGUCUAUUUAAGCUCUAGAUUAACUACGCUCUACUCAAAAUUCUACCCUCAAUAAUCCCAAUUAAUCCGCCCUCCCCGAGUGACUUAAGCAAUUCCUUCCCAAACUGACCCUAGUUAACACAAGUAUCCUCAACCACAGUGUCUUACCUCUCAAGCCACCCUGACCCGCUGCAGCAGUUUAUUGAGCAUACUUCACAACAGACCAUGGUACAUGAGAUCUGACUCCUUUUGUGUUUGACUUUUUUCCAAAUAUCGCGGAUUCCCUGGCUACUUUUAUAUCUUAUUUGAUUCUCCUGUAUGUGCUUUAAAUCGGACUUUUUCAAGUAAAAUAAUUUGCAAAUAGGCAAAAUUCUAUCGCAGGCAACAGAGCAGAGGUUGCACAGUAAAUAAAUGUCUGCCUCGUUCUGGGAAGCUUUUACUCCGUGCUCUAACGGUGUCUUUGUUAAUUGGUAGCGGACGUCAGGCAGAAGUGACUAUUUCAGGCGAUUGCCUAUGGCGUCCUGAUAGGUGGGCAUAUUUUUGUCACUGGUUGAAUACCUGUUAUCUUUUUCCCCUACAAGACACAUCGGAUGUUUGCUGCAAUCACAGGCAGUUGUUUGGGAUUUUAUUCUCGUACUUAACUUUUGUUCUUUUGCUGUGUCAUAUUCAGUCUCUGAGGGAAAUCGUUGGCUUCCGGAAGUAGGCCUUUGACUAAUGUGUGCAGGAAGGCUCAGAGUUUUUGCCCUAGUUCUUAUCGAGCGUUCUGUAUUAUAAACAAACGCGAUUUUCCACCACUUUCUUGCAUCUCUUCGUCCCACCUCUGGAAAAUGCUUGCCCUCCUAAAGUACUUCUCUGGAUUAUUCGCACAGUCUGAUUCAUACCCUUGCUUUCGUUCUUAAUUUUAAUCGAAUAUUAUACACAGAUGCUCAUUGUUCUCCUGUUCCCUAUGCCUCUCUUCUCUCCUCUGGACCCCUUCAUCACGAGGUUCUUUGAGUGGUGUUCUCUCCUGCAGGAGGUUAUUCCUCCAUUCUCCUACGCACUCAUCAGCGCCACUUAGACUGCACUUAAGUGAUGCGUAGUAAAUUUUUGUCAACGCUAAGCAUUAACUUCCGGUUGAUACUGUUCCGGCCUGACCUGUGCUUUGUAUAUCGUGAUCCUUCGUUUAGCACCAUGAAGACUACGAUAAUGAAGUAUUCCAGACCCCAUGUACUUAGCCGGACACAAAAUUCCAACUCCAUAAAAGAAAACCCACGCAUCUUUGAAAAGGAAAUAUUUUACUCGUACGGUUUUAUUUCAAGAAUAUAACUUGAUAUUUGGUCAACGACCAGUACGUUAUUUACAUACGUUUUAGGUUAAUUACUUCGGCGGGGUUUGGUUCUGCAGUCCCACUUGAUCGAUACCGUAUGGCUAAUUUGCUUAAACAGUAUUAGAUAACAUACCUAACUUAGUCACUCGCUGGAUAGGGAAAAGAAAGAGAGUACAAGUAGAGCUCGAAGCGCGCGCAGGGAAGCAAGCGAAGAUGGCUUGUACAGUGAGUGACCGAUCUCAUAAAGUGCUGGCCAAAUUUUUUAAAUGCGUUUUUGAUUAGGAAGGAUUACUUAGGUGGGGUUCCAAUACUGACUAUCUUGCGGCAUAAUCCUAUAAUAUUUCGGACUGGACAUGAUGUCGGCUUUUGAGUGCAUUUCUUUUGUAUCUCCUAUAGAAACCGUAAUCAGUAGCAUUCAUUUUCACACUGAUUUUCAAGUCUUAUAAAUUCAAAUAUAUUUUAUAAAAAGCAUGAGCAAAAAUAUUAUUUCUUUCACUCGUCAUACUCAGCUGCUAAUUUGAUAUCUACCCCUAGCUGCUAUUAUUUUUCACACUAUUAGUUUGCCGAAUCAGUCGCCCUUAAAUUACUGUAGUUUGUACAACCGAAGUUUAGCGUCUGCGUAUGCAAAGUUCAAUUUUCUCCAAAACCAUUGAAAAUAUCAUCAUUCAAAUAAUAUGCUCUGCAUUGUGGUGCUAGUUUGAUGACAUCAGUAAUGACGUUCAGUAGCAACCAUUAAAAUUUGACUCCUAUGUCCAUGAGCAUCGUUCCUACUUCCUACUUGUUUUGUUGAUAAUUAACUCGCAGUUCUGUUGGUAAUUAUGUAACAAUUUGACUUUUCAAUUGUAACAUGGGAAUAUUUGCUGAAUUAUGCAACAAAUUAACAGUUUUUGUCCUCCAGACUCAUCGCAAUAAAUGGCAAUGAGUACCGUUUUCGAAUUCAGCCUCAAAAAGCUCCCUUUUAGGUCGAACUGCAUUAUUUGACUUUCAACUAAAGUAGUUAGUAUCUAUGUUGGGAGUACGGUAUGAUACGUUUACCAUAAAGGUAUCUUGGUGCACCACGAAGAUGGGAAGUGACCUAGUGGUAAUGACUAUUAUGAACCCAAGAGCUUCCGAAGACGGUAAACUCACAUAACUGGUAGUUUUGCAGUCGAUUUAUAUGUGAGCAUUAAUUCGAAGAAUGUAAAGGGGGAUUCUCACGUGUUGUCAGUGUGGCUCUGAAGGAGAUUACACACUUACUGUACAGAAACGGCUUCUAUGAAUUUCAAUGUUUGCAAGAAUGAUCCUUUCUCUGGACAUAGGGGACUAUGUUUGGACGGAGGUCAUGUUCGGUAAUAAGGUUUUGCAGUGUUUGCUAGAUCGUCUUUAUUCUGUUUAGUCUUUUUACUGUACAGCGAGGUGGAAAGAGUAUGGUGUAGUAAAAGGCUGAAUGCGUAUGACAAAAGGCUUUCUGGCAAAUCUACACAUUCCAUUAUCUCUGACAACAGACUGGUCUACGAGUUUGGGAGCUCAGAAAGUGAAAAAAUUAUUCCAAUGUUUAAUCAGUUUCCUUCGUCGUUACUUGUACUUACACCUGGAACUCGAAUAUACGCCUUCAUUCACAAAUCUUCCAUUCACAUUUGAAGGAAGUAUGGAGAAGGCGCUGUCAGAAUACAUCUCCUGUCUGGAGGACCUCAUCUCAGAACUGAGCCAGAUGCGGACGGCUGUUGUGAAUUUUAAAGAUAAAUGUGAUUGUGCGAAGGCUGUUGGAACGGCAGUGUCAACGGGUGGAACUGCACUUACCAUUGGAGGCGCUCUUUUCGCCAUACCGACAGCUGGAUUGUCGUUACUACUGACAGCCGCAGCCAUCGGAACUACCCUCGCAGGCGCAGUGACAAAUGGUGUUACGGACUCAAUCAACAUCAGUGAAACAAAGUAAUUUUGCCAUUUGUUGAAAAGUUCUUCCUCCCAAUCUGAAAUUCGAAAACAAUUUGACAUUGCCUGGUGCAGUUUUGUGACAUAAAAUCUACACUGCGGACCUUCGUUGAUGCAGGCAAAAUAAUAGCAUUUAUAAUAUAUUUAAUCCUAGUUUUGCGCAAUGGCACCGUUUACUUCAUGAAUCCCGUCCCUUAUGAGCGAGAUCAGACGGAAGAGUUGUCGGUGAGAACUGGAUAUGUGAGCACAGAGACUCUUGUUAUAUGGGAAGGAUGUAAGUACUAGCUUUUUCGGUAGUGCUGAUGGACGCAACAACUGACGGAUCCUACGUAAGCCAUUGGGAAAACUCGCAUUUUUGUCACUUGUCUGUCUUACUACCCCAACGGGGUGUCGAAACAGCCAGCACAUUUUGAAAAAUUUGAAUUAAGUGGCGUGUAAACAGGUAGAACACAGAUAGUCUAAGGUUAGUUGUUAAAUAAGGCCGGUUUGGAUAAGGCGGUUUACGUCAAACAAACUUAACCAUAGUCCUAACCCUUCCACCAGCCCUACUCUUUAGCCGAACCUAACCUUAAGCCUAGUCUUAACCUUCACCAUACGUUUAGCCAUUUCUCCUAAAACCAGUCAGAUAUGUAGCCUGACACUACGUGUUUACUUAAAUCAAAUAAGUAAAGGCGCUAUAGUAAUAAAAAUUGUGGGCUCGAAUAUUCGAUCGUCGUCGAGUUAUCGGCCCUUUUUACAAAAACGUAAACCAUGAAUAUUAGAUAAGGAAACUGCUUGAACACAGAGAGGAGCCCUUAUUUCGAACAAAUGAAAAGUAUUCAAUAAAAUAUCUCCUACCUUAGUAACUCAGCCACCAAAAGGCAAAAGAGUUCUAGAUGAUAUGCGAACGACUUAAAAGAACUCUAAUCAAUAAGCUAAUAAAUUAACCUCAUAGUGUCCUAGUCUGCUUGACUUUAUUCAGCACAUUUCCUGAGUGCUGUCAUCCACUCCAGGGGUUGGAGUUGUCUAGUGGCGUUUGUCUUGGAACGGGAAUUCCAGACUGCCAGAUUGAACAUUUGGUGGAAAGCGAUCUGAGCUAAUCUGGGUCGACUAGGAGAUUGCGUGUUGUGCUCUCCACAGAAGUGUUUUAAUGUGGAGUGGAGGGGAAAAUGGAAGCAGGGAUGCCGGGUGCGCGGACAUACACGAUACAAAAUAUCCUUAUCAGGUUAAGCCUGCCGGUCGAGGCGGUUAAGAGGGUGUGGUCACCAGACAGAACCUAGAUUCGGGCGAGCCACGGAGGAGAGGUGGGUGUCGAUUAAGGGCCGUGUGGAGCAGUCCCCGCUUGCAUGACGCAACCUACCAUACCUACACGGUUUCUCCCUAACUAGCCACCCCUACACCUUCGCUGUAAAGACAGGAAAAUUAGCGCAGGUAAAAGACUUAGGUGCUUGCGUUUGUCAGAACGAGAGCUAAGAGCUUAGCAGCGGAAACAUAGCUUAUCCCUGAAUAAGUAACACUAGGUAAGGAGGGAAUGAUUGUAAACAGAUCAGAUCAAGGCAUUGAUGGUACUGAUGUUUUUGAACUUUUCGAGUGCCUCACAUAGACGCUUCAAAAGAAAAGGGGAGCGAGAGGCACUAACCACUAAAUUUUGCGUGUUUUAUUCAGGUGAAAUGAUUAUUUACCACAUUCUUAGAUCUUCGCGCUUCCUUACCAUACUGAUGCAGAGCUGAAGCCUACUCUGUCAAAACAGCGAUUAAAUCGUGACCUGUUUCCCAAGGUGUACUCGUCUAUGUCUGUUAUUUUACUCCAUAUGCAUACUGUCCAAUUUUUUCUGUGGGCACGAUUAUAAAUAUCCCCCAUACGACAGGUCGUCUUCCACUAAAUUCCCGGUGGUUAGGGUUGGGGACUAAAGUAGAGAACGGGAAUGAGUACCCCCUGGGAUCUGAUGCAAUGCACCUGUAGUGCAGAAGUCUUUUCCCCUACCCAAUCCCUCUUGAGCACAAAGAGACAAUUUAACCACACUUAACUGGUGAACGGAAAAGUUGUUUCUCUCUGCGUCAAGUCAAAAACAUGCAUAUAUCUGCUCACAAAACAGAUCCUUCUUAGACUCGACACCCAAAAUUGUUUUUCACCAAGGACUUGCUGUACCCUUCAUAUAGACUAUAAAACCUUUGAAUGGAGAGAUAUGUGCGUAUGCAGGUUAACGUCCAAUGCUUGACUUUUAGGGAAUUCAUACGAAAGGCUGAAGCGGUUCUGGAGAAAGGCAAGCGAGCGUCGGACGAACUUGCCAUCCAUUUGGAAAAACUGAGUGCGGAAUUUGAAGACUGCAAGCAGCGGGGAAUUCCAGAAAACGAAGCCGCGCUCCGUGCAAUAGGAAAGUUGUGCGUCCGUGCUCCGUCAAUGUGUACGCUGGCCACUGCAACGCUGAAGGCUUAUAUAAAGGAAAUCAAUCCACAGUUGCUAGACCUAGGUUUGAAUACGGAAUUUCUGACUGCAAAAUAUUUUCUCAAACGAAAUGCAGCAACAGCCUCAAAAAUGGUGGGAAAAAAUGCGACUACUGUGACGAAAGGUUUUGCGAAAGGAGCCGCCGUAGGUCUGAACGUUGCCCUGCAGCUGUAUGAAAUUUAUGACCUUUUUAAAGAAAUGGAUACAGAACAUCCAGCAGCAACGGCAAUCGAAGAGAUCAUUUCACAGCUUGAGUAAGUUGUCAUCUACGUAAUGUAUUGCAGUUGAUUCCCUUUGAACUAUAGAAAUUGGAAAAAGGGAUAAUUUAAGACUCCAGGCUGCUGAAAUAAUUAGAUAAUGCGUACAGUAAUAGUCUGGCACCCCAGAAGGACAAAAAGUGCCAAACUAAAAACCAAAGAAUACCCUCAUUUAUUCGCCGAGCGUCUCUUAUCUCCGUCGGUUAAUACCGCAUUUUCAAUUUCAGAGGCAAACUUGGUGGGGCCAAAGAACUCAGAGAGGCUGUAAAUGCCGUGCAACAAGCUCAUCAGAGGGCCACCCGAACUAGAGCUACACCGGCUCAAAAUGGUCGCACUGCACAGUCACAGUCGACUAACAAUGCCGACAAAAAUAAGCCUGACAAAAAUGCAGCCGAAUGCGAUAAGGGUGAUGGCGCUGAGGAUGAGGAUCCAAAACACAGGCCAAAUCGCCGCACCUGUGAAAAUCCCCUAUCCGAAGCCGAGGCGAAUGAACUAAUUAGGCUGCUGUGGGAACUGGUGACAGAGAUAAAAGCCCUGUCUGAAGACCAAAGAAAAUCCAAGGAAAGACUGCAGAAUCUCUUGGAUAGGUUUACUGAAAUUCUUCGGAAAAUGUAUAAGGCUGGAUUUGUCUCCAGCAUUGAUACGAAGACGCGCAAACUUCGUCUUUCGACUACAAUCAACGGCAGGGCACUUUCCUAUGAAAUCUCCCGGGAGGGAUUUCAUUUGUGUGACCUUGACCCAUCAGAUAUGCAAAAUGUCUUCUCUAAAGUCCUCUUUGGAGGAUCCUCAGAGCACAUAUUUCGCAAUGAGGAGGGUGUUGUGUACCACAUUUGUGCUGUUGAUGAUGAAAACCAACACAUCAGAUACGUUGGAUUGACCAGGAGAACCGCGGAAGAGCGCGUGGGCGAACACAUGCGGAACAUUGCUCGUUGUUCUUCGAUUUAUAGCAGUGGGAGACGGCGUUCGCCGUCUGAUAGGAAUUUUCUCCGAAGAACUUCGUACUUCUGUCGAAUAGCAGGAAGGGUCGCCAGUGAAUUGGGUCUGCACGAAGUCUAUCAACUCGGUGACCUGCUGGAAGUAUACUGCAUGCCGCUCCAGACUCAAGACUACGGGGAACUCCGCUUUUGGGAGAUAAUAUGGCAGUGGUUCUUUGCUGCACGGGAUAAAGAUGGGGGGUGCAAUAGAAGAUGA